UCUGAAGAGCAGGCACUUUGUGAUAGACAGCACAAAAUCCAAACAGUUUUUUAGGACACGGUGGGUGUAGCUCUUCAGAGGGAGGGUGUCACAGUAAUGUGGACUCACUGGUGAUGAACUGGUCAGAGAUUCUCUGGCUGCUCUGCAGUAAUCCAUGCUGAAGAGGCUCCAUUCAUACAGAUGAGCCAAGGGUUGAAGCAGCACUUUAAACCCAGAUAGUCGGUCGGCUGACUGCCCAGCAGGAUGCCAUCAACCAGCCGAGCGGGCAGCCUGAAGGACCCCGAAAUUGCAGAGCUCUUCUUCAAAGAAGAUCCAGAAAAGCUCUUCACAGAUCUCCGAGAGAUUGGCCAUGGAAGCUUCGGAGCAGUUUAUUUUGCACGUGAUGUGCGCACCAAUGAAGUGGUGGCCAUCAAGAAAAUGUCAUAUAGUGGGAAGCAGUCCAAUGAGAAAUGGCAGGAUAUUAUUAAGGAAGUCAAGUUCCUCCAAAGAAUAAAACACCCUAACAGUAUAGAAUACAAAGGCUGCUAUCUGCGGGAGCAUACAGCAUGGCUUGUUAUGGAAUAUUGUUUAGGAUCAGCAUCAGACUUACUAGAAGUUCAUAAAAAGCCAUUGCAAGAAGUGGAAAUAGCAGCAAUUACCCAUGGUGCUCUCCAGGGAUUAGCAUACUUGCAUUCUCACAAUAUGAUCCAUAGAGAUAUCAAGGCAGGGAACAUCCUGCUGACAGAGCCAGGACAGGUGAAACUUGCUGACUUUGGGUCUGCUUCCAUAGCAUCUCCUGCCAACUCAUUUGUGGGGACGCCAUAUUGGAUGGCCCCAGAAGUGAUUUUAGCCAUGGAUGAAGGGCAGUAUGAUGGCAAAGUAGAUGUUUGGUCUCUUGGAAUUACCUGUAUUGAGUUAGCGGAAAGGAAGCCUCCUUUGUUUAACAUGAACGCAAUGAGUGCCUUAUAUCACAUAGCGCAGAAUGAAUCCCCUACACUACAGUCUAAUGAAUGGUCUGAUUAUUUUCGAAACUUCGUAGAUUCUUGCCUCCAGAAAAUUCCUCAAGACAGGCCUACAUCAGAGGAGCUUCUGAAGCACAUGUUUGUUCUUCGAGAGCGACCCGAAACAGUGUUAAUAGAUCUGAUUCAGAGAACAAAGGAUGCAGUGAGAGAACUGGACAACCUGCAGUAUCGUAAAAUGAAGAAGCUCCUCUUCCAGGAGGCCCACAAUGGCCCUGCAGUGGAAACCCAGGAGGAGGAGGAGGAACAAGAUCAUGGUGUGGGCAGGACGGGAACAGUGAACAGUGUCGGAAGCAAUCAGUCCAUUCCUAGUAUGUCUAUCAGUGCCAGUAGCCAAAGCAGUAGUGUUAACAGUCUUCCAGAUGCCUCGGAUGAUAAGAGCGAGCUGGAUAUGAUGGAGGGGGACCACACCGUGAUGUCAAACAGCUCUGUCAUUCAUCUAAAGCCGGAGGAAGAGAACUACAGAGAGGAGUCGGAUCCUCGGACAAGGGCAUCAGAACCCCAGUCUCCUCCCCAAGUGUCUCGCCACAAGUCUCAUUAUCGGAACCGAGAGCACUUUGCUACCAUACGCACAGCGUCGCUGGUGACAAGGCAAAUGCAGGAACAUGAGCAGGACUCUGAGCUCCGAGAGCAGAUGUCUGGCUAUAAACGUAUGAGAAGGCAGCACCAGAAGCAACUGAUGGCAUUAGAGAAUAAACUGAAGGCAGAGAUGGACGAGCACCGCCUCAGGUUGGACAAAGAUCUCGAAACACAGCGUAACAAUUUUGCUGCAGAAAUGGAAAAGCUAAUUAAAAAGCACCAAGCAGCCAUGGAAAAAGAGGCUAAAGUGAUGGCCAACGAAGAGAAGAAGUUCCAACAGCAUAUUCAGGCCCAACAGAAAAAAGAAUUGAACAGUUUCCUGGAGUCCCAGAAGAGAGAAUAUAAACUCCGUAAAGAGCAGCUGAAAGAGGAGCUGAAUGAAAACCAGAGCACUCCAAAGAAGGAGAAGCAGGAGUGGCUCUCUAAGCAGAAGGAGAACAUCCAGCAUUUCCAGGCAGAAGAAGAGGCCAACUUACUGAGGCGUCAGAGGCAGUACUUGGAGCUGGAGUGUCGCCGCUUCAAGAGACGGAUGCUCCUGGGCCGCCACAACCUGGAGCAGGACCUGGUUCGGGAGGAGCUGAACAAAAGGCAGACACAGAAGGACCUGGAGCACGCCAUGCUGCUGCGUCAGCACGAGUCCAUGCAGGAGCUGGAGUUCCGCCAUCUCAGCACCAUCCAGAAGAUGCGCUGCGAGCUGAUCCGGCUGCAGCACCAGACCGAGCUCACCAACCAGCUGGAGUACAACAAGCGCCGCGAGCGGGAGCUGCGCCGCAAGCACGUCAUGGAGGUCCGGCAGCAGCCCAAGAGCCUGAAGUCAAAAGAACUACAGAUAAAGAAGCAGUUUCAGGAUACAUGCAAGAUCCAAACCAGACAGUACAAAGCACUGAGAAACCAUCUGCUGGAGACCACGCCAAAGAGUGAACAUAAAGCUGUCCUCAAACGGCUCAAGGAGGAGCAGACCCGGAAGCUGGCUAUCCUGGCUGAGCAGUAUGAUCACAGCAUUAAUGAAAUGCUCUCUACACAAGCUCUGCGUUUGGAUGAGGCACAGGAAGCAGAGUGCCAGGUUUUGAAGAUGCAGCUGCAGCAAGAAUUGGAGCUGCUGAACGCAUAUCAGAGUAAAAUCAAGAUGCAGGCAGAAGCCCAGCAUGAUCGGGAGCUGCGUGAUCUGGAGCAGAGGGUGUCCCUCCGCCGGGCCCUCCUGGAGCAGAAGAUUGAGGAGGAGAUGCUGGCGUUGCAGAACGAGCGCACCGAGCGGAUACGAAGCCUGCUGGAGCGCCAAGCUCGCGAGAUCGAAGCCUUUGACUCAGAAAGCAUGAGGCUAGGUUUUAGUAAUAUGGUUCUUUCUAAUCUCUCCCCCGAGGCGUUCAGCCACAGCUACCCGGGAGCUUCUGGCUGGUCCCACAAUCCUACUGGGGGUGCAGGACCUCACUGGGGUCAUCCCAUGGGUGGCCCACCGCAAGCUUGGGGCCAUCCAAUGCAAGGUGGACCUCAGCCAUGGGGUCACCCCUCGGGGCCCAUGCAGGGGGUACCUCGAAGUAGUGCUAUAGGGGUCCGCAACAGCCCCCAGGCUCUGAGGCGGACAGCUUCUGGGGGACGGACGGAGCAGGGCAUGAGCAGGAGCACAAGUGUUACUUCACAAAUAUCCAAUGGUUCACACAUGUCUUAUACAUAACUUAAACAAUAACUGAGGGUGGCAAUUCCACUGGAGCUGUCUGCCAACAGAAACUGCCUACAGACACCAGCCCAGCAGCCUCCUCAGUGCGGUGCUGACGUGUGGAAGCUGGGUGCACAUGGAAUAUUGUAUUCAUUUUGUAAAGCAUUACGUUUUGUGUUUACUAACUGGGAUGUCAUAGUAUUUGGCUGCAGGGUUUUGGGGGGUGGUUUUUGGUUUUUUGUUUUGUUGUUGGUUUUUUGUUUUGUGUUUUUUUUUUUUUUUUUUUAUGUUUUGGAGGGGUCUUGGGAGGGCAUCUGAGAAAUAUAUGCAAUUAGUCAGAAGAGUUGGCUGGUGGUCAUCACACUGACAGAAGGGCCUCAGACUGCCUUCAUCAUGCCAUCCAUGUAGGAAGUCUGAGGGAGAAUGGAGACCUCUUCCCAUAUCCAUGAAUUUCGAUCUGCCACCCUGCAAAAACCAGGCAAGCUGCCUUUAAACCAACAUCCAGGGGAGGAACAGCUGGAUCUUCUGUUCCAUUUUUAUUUGUCAUUAAAUUGGAUAAAUUUCUAGGGUAUUGCCUCUGCCAGGAGGCAUUUUCAAAGAGUUGUAGGUGAGGAAGAAGGUGAGAAGAGAGGCCAAGAGACACCAGGGCUCAACAGGGCCCUUCUACCCAAGUGCACGCUCUGUGUCGUGUAAGAAGUGACGUUCUGUCAGAAGGCACUGGUCAGCUUCCCGAGAACUCUGUAGGGAAACCUGUCUGGGGGAACAGGCUAGGAAUGUUUGAAAUGGUCUAUCUGCUUUGGCACUCCCUGACUGUGCUGCUGGUAGCUCAGAUGAGGUUGGGCAGAGGAGCGUAAGUAAUGCACUUGUACAGCUAAUACUGUGACAUCUCAUUUUAGCUAAGCAUCAGAAUAAUUCUUGGAGCCCAGAGUAGUCCUUUUUGCUCCAUUCAGAAAUGUUUAGACUUUCAGCCAAUCAGUCUCAAAUGCCAGAGGUGUUUUGAAGGAUGCCAUAGUCACAAAAUGCCAUUGAUCGGGUUUUUCAUUAUUACACUACAUCCAUCAAUUUAUUACCUUUUUGGCUUGUUGCAAUUUCCUGUUUACAUGUAGUGUGUAGCCAACUGUUGAAAUGUUUAGUUGCCAUGGUGUACCAGGAGGAGCUGAGCCAAUGACUCUUUCCCAGCUGAUGACUAACCCACAUCACCACUGUAGAUCUUGCUGCAUGUGAGGCUCCUUUUUUAUUGUUUUCAUUGCUGCAAUACUUCACAACUUUUACAGUCCCUAGAGAUGCUGUGAUAUUUCGGCAGCGUAUCACACCAUGUGAGAAGGCACUACUUCCAGAGGGCUCAUUGGAGCUGCUGUACUACUGAAAGGAAACAAAGGAGGUUGUGAAAUCCAUACAGUGAUAAAAGGUCAGGGAGUCUUAUAACUGAAUGACUUUGUUGGCAUCGUGUCAUCCCUUAAGUGCUGGGAACCAGAGAUGCCCCCAUGCUCUCGUGCCAGUGCCAGGACGGUGUCGCUCAGCCAGGACUGUGGGAAGAGCAGGUAGAUGAAGUUUGGUUUGAGGCAAAGGUUUCCGUCUUGGGGACUGACCAGCCAGGGUUCUUUGUAAAUGUUUUUCCUUGCACACUAAUCAUCUUGAAGAAAACACUAGCUGCUAACUCUAGGAUUUGCCUUUAAUAUGUUUAUAGGGCUCAAAAGCGAGGUUUUCCGAAUGUGUUUGUCCACGUGACAUAUUUAUAUAGUAAAUAGUGUCUCGCUGCUGUUCAGUACCCGACAGGGCAGCGCUCUUUCGUUAGCUAAAUUAACAUCCACUCCCAGUCCUCAACUCUCUGCCAGUGUCUGGUGAAUCCAGCUGGGAUUUCUAGCAUUGUGAUGUAGCGUAUCACUCUAAUUGAAGAUGGAAACUCCACCAAAACAUGUUUGAGCAGCCCCUUUGUAAGGAGUUUUGUUGUACUAACAGUUGACAGAAGCCUGGGAGGAGGUGUGGGUCCCAUGGAGGUUUCUCUGGAUGCUCGUGGGGGCAAGUGGUAACUGUGAAUUGUCCUGUCCUUUCCUCUGCUAUGUUUUUAUGUGGAAUUGGAUGUUUUGGGGUCACUCUUUUGCAUUGCAGUGUUGUUGAAAUGAAGCGCAACUCGUUUAGGAAAGGUACCUGUGUUUUCCUAGGUUUGGAAGGAGAGACAAAACCAAAAUGAAAGGCCAAAAUUGUAUUGGGGUUCACCAUGUGAUUGUGGAGGGUGCGCCCAGAGCAUGGUGCUAACACAGCAUUUUGAGUUCAGCUCCUCUAUCCCAAACAGCAGCAGCUACAGUGGGGACAGGCUAUACCUGCAAGUUCAGUGGGUUCAUUCUUCUGCUUCUGUUAUGGUUUGAAUUUGGUCAAAGUCUCUGGCUUAAAUUGAGCUACUUCAACAGAAUUCUCUCAACACAUCUAUUUGUGUAAUGUCAAGCAUGACUGAAUGCUGAAUCCAAAUGAUGGCUAUCCCAUAUUGGCUUUUUUGUAUUCAAAAAGAAUUGUGUAGUAACCAUUUUUACAUGUAUAUCAUGUGCAGACCUGGACUAUUCCAACAAGUUAAUAUUUUAAUUAAAAUAGUUUGCAAAAACUGAUUCAGAUCAACUGGUCUAAAUGUGUGUGUCCCUGUGUGUACGUGGGGGAAGAAAAGCUGUCCCAAAACUGCCUGAUCUCGAGGGGAAGCACCUCAUUACACAGCUGUAGCCAGAGGAACUCAGGGUCAGGCUGUGCCUUGGAGGUAUUUGAGGAGGCCCUUGGUGUUGAGAAUUUUAAUGUAUCUCAGGUUUAUUUCUGAGAUACAUGAACAACUGUGCACUAGAGAGAUGCAAACACUCUCUGAAUCAGUUUGCAAACUCUUAUUUUUAAAAGUAAAGCGUUUUUAAAAGUAAGGCCAGUUGCUCCAUGUUGUGCUCAGUGCAGUCAUGCCCUCAGUUUUAAAAUUACUGUAAUCUGUAAAUUGUGGAAACUACUCCAGUACCUCAGCAAAGAUGUUCUCUUGCAUUUCUUACAUUCAUAUUUAACACUGGGGAACUCUUUUGUGUGGACUACUUAAAAAUUUUAUUGCGGUAUUUUUAAAUCACCAGCUUGACCCCUGAAAUCUCUUUUCUGUGGUUAUUUUUCUCUCCCCUCUGCAAAGACCUGAAGUUCUGGUGUAGCUUAGCCCAGAGAUGGAAAAAAAAAACAAA